CUUACUUAAAGCAACUUCAUCUUCAUGCUCACAGGUCUUGGGUUCCAUAAUUCAAGCCCUCUCUCAUUCAUUUCAAAUUAAACAACAUCCUCAAAACCCUAAUGAAUUCCAUGCAUAACACAACACAUCAUGCAUACAUGCACAGCCUAGCUUCAAAUCCCUCUUUUCAUAUAAAACCUACCUAGCUAUCUUACUCUAACUCCAACCUAACCUUUUUUUCUCUCCAAAUUAAAAACACCAACACACACAUGGAGAAAACAAAAAGUUUUAUGGAGAAAAGUUUCUCAUUCUCACUCUCACUCCUCAUUUUCUUUUUUCUUUUCCCUUCUAUCUUAGCAUCAUCCUCCACAAGCCUCUACCUAUAUGGUGGGUGCACACAAUGUAUGUACACACCCAACUCACCCUACGAGUCAAACCUCGACUCACUCCUCACCUCGCUGGUCAACUCAGCCACCUACUCCUCCUACAACAACUUCACCAUCUUGGGUUCCACCCAGCAGGACGCCAUCUACGGCCUCUACCAGUGCCGCGGAGACCUCGCCAUGCCUGACUGCGCAUCCUGCGUUGCUCGCGCCGUCACACGAGCUGGCGACGUGUGCCGCCAGGCCUGCGGCGGCGCGGUGCAGCUAGAGGGCUGCUACGUCAAGUACGACAACGCCACGUUCCUCGGCGUGGAAGACAAGGCUGUGGUGUUAAAAAAGUGUGGGCCCUCUGUGGGAUACAACCCGGAGGCCAUGGGCUCGAGGGACGCCGUGCUGGCUGGGCUUUUGGGCUCUAGUGGGCCUUUCAGGAUUGGUGGUUCUGGCGGCGUCCGCGGCAUGGCUCAGUGCACCGGCGAUCUUUCCGGCGGUGAGUGUCAGGAUUGUGUCUCCGAGGCCAUAUCGCGGCUGAAGGGUGAUUGCGGCACGGCGGAUUAUGGUGACAUGUUCUUGGGGAAGUGCUUUGCGAGGUAUUCCGUCGGUGGAGCCCAUGAUAGCUCCAAGGCCCACGGUAAGUAAACUAAAUUAAGUUCAUAACCCUCAGUGGCAUUGACACUAACACUACUGAUCCAUUCUCACCCUAUAGCCCUCCUUAAUUGGUUUGCUUUGGUGCCUCUUUUACUUAACCUUUUCUACCUUUCUUUAUCAUAAUUGCCCCCUUUUGUGUUUCAAUUUUAAAUUAAAUUAAAUUCAAAAGCCAGCAUUGAACCUUGAGGAGGAUACCAAUAUACCAUAUGGGAAAAAGAAUGUACCAGGGGGCACUUGUAUUUGAAUACAAAAGGAAAGAGGGAGAAAAAAGUGAGCGGUGCUUUACUCCCCACUACACAAAGUUGUAAUGUCCAAUGUCUCAUGCUUAGCAAAGAAAAGUAACAAUUAUAACCAAAAAAAAAAAGAAAAGUAACAAUAUUAUUAUUCUUUUAUUUCUGUAAAGUUGAAUUAUAUUUUUGCUUUUCUUUGUCGUCGGUGUAUGCCCCCUUUUUUCUUACGUUGGUAUAUGCACCCAUGAACUUUUUAGAUACUUGCAUCCUUUUACUAAAAUAUAACUAAUUACUUU